AUGGAAAUCUUUCGAUUCAUGGACGAUUUCCCUGAGAUUGUUCCUAAACGACUACUUCUAGUUAGUGGUGCUAGUAGUUUUCAAGGUAUUAAAGAAGUCUUGGAGAUGUAUCGUGAUAGAAUUAACCGAGUGGAUGAAAUAGAAGUGACGUUGGAAAGAUGUGAGCUUACCCUUGCUGAUUUCCAAUUUUUAAUAUCGUUUGCUAAUUUGAGAAAGGUUCACUUUUCAGGAAUGAGUUUGAAAAUGGUACGACGGGGACUAAUUCACAAUACCGCAUUAAUGGAACACCCCAAACUUAACGAGAUUGUAUUUUUAGGGCAUGAAAUUAAUGAUUGGCUGGGGAUACAACUUCCUCUGGUGUUGAAUAGUCUUGAUCUAUCAUGGAAUAAUCUGACCGAUAUCUCCACCUUAAUAAUUCCUACAAAUGUCAACGAUGUUUAUUUCAACAAGUCUAAUAUCCACAAUCUUGAGAUUUUACUGAAUAAGAUCCCAUCUAAUUUGACUACCCUUAUGUUAACAAUAAAGUCUAUCACAGGAAACACAUGGCCUGUGGAUUUAGAUAUACUUUUAUUGAAUGAUAACAAACUAGAUGACCGUGCAUUGAAGCUCAUUAAUGACUUCAUUGGGUGGCCCGCCAGAUUAACAAAUCUAGGUAUUAGCAAUAAUGAGCUCACUAAGAUUGAAAACUUAUCCAAUCUUCCGCGAUGGUUAGAAAUAUUGAAUAUAUCAAUGAACCCACUAGUAUGUGAUGACAAUCAACAAACCCCCUUUGAAUUUCCUCACGGUUUAACCAAUUUGAACAUGACCGAAUGCAAAACAAGUGAUUUACACUUUUUGCAAUUCCCAACUUCACUUAAGAACUUGACAUUGGCAGGGAAUAGAAUUGUGGAUAUCUCAUCAUAUGGCCAUUGGCAAAAGCUUGUUAAUUUGGAUACGUUAGAAUUAUUCCACAACUUGAUUGAUCACUUGGAUGGCUGGAUAAUCCCUCCCAACCUAACAAAACUAGAUCUUCAGGUCAAUCCAAUAACCGAAUUAAAUCUGAAGUUUCCAUUAUUUAACGACAAUUACCAGUUCAAACUUUCCGAUUUGAAUCUUGCCAGAUGUCGUAUAACCAAGAUUGAAGUAGAUCACAUUCCAGCAAGCUUAAAAAGGCUCAAUCUUUCCAUGAAUAGAUUAAAUCUGAAGUUUGAAUUUCCACCUAGCUUUAAGCAGUUGAGUCAUUUGGACUUGUCGGAAAAUGAAAUAACAUCAAUAGUGUUUAAAAACGGCGAGCAAAGUCAAUUGCAAAGUUUAGAUCUUGGGAAAAAUUCCAUCCUUAGAGGAGUUGCAAGCAGCGGAUUAGGUAUUGUGGGUAUUAAUCAAUUCUACGAUGAUUUGGAAUUACAUUUGGGUAAAGUAAAGAAACGUAAAUUUAAUAUUAACAGUUUACACGUGUUCGAAAGAGGACGUUUAUAG